UUUACCUGUUAAUUUUGAAGCUGAGCCAUUACAGUUAGUUUCGUCGACGUGGGGGAUUCGGAUUGGUGUACCCUCUCCAUCCUCAUAAAAAAUUCCCAUUCCUCCCAUUUCUUAGGUUUUCUCCUUCCCUUUUCUCUCCGUUUCUCUAUCUCUUUCUUGUUCGUUCGACGGUCGGUAGUUUCUCCCGGAUAAUUUUUAACUUUCCGAUAAGAUUACCGACCGUUACUGCUCUUUUUUUCUUUGAAUUUCACAAGUUCAUCGAUCGAUUUUCGCCGUUGACCUCCUUUCUCUAUUCAGUUUUCGUGCUUCUCGUGGCCACGAGCUCCCGAUUUAUUUGCAGGCACGAUUGGGGUUUAACUCAUAAAGUUUUGAAUAAUCUAUAUUGAGAAUCGACGUUCAGGAUUUUGCAGAAAGGAAAGAAAAGAGGAAAAAGAAAAAGGAGACUCGACGUUGAAGAAGAAGCGUUAUAUUUCAGAUUGAACGAGCUUCCGCUGCAACGCUUUUAAGGUCUUAUCGGCGAUUGGUCAAACCAUCGGCAAGAAAUGACUAGUCAAGGUGGUUCUUCUAGAAGAAGUAUGUCCUUAACGAACAUAUCAUCUCAGACCAAGAAGAAAAUCAAUGAUAAUGGAAGCUCGGAUGUGCGGAAGUCUCUUUCAGCCUCCCGUUCAUUACAACUCACUGGUGAGCGUACAGUAAAACGACUGCGGCUGUCAAGAGCACUAACAGUUCCUGAAAGUACUACCAUCUCCGAGGCUUGUCGUCGAAUGGUUGCUCGUAGAGUUGAUGCUUUGUUACUAACUGAUUCAAACGCUUUACUUUGCGGUAUCCUCACAGACAAGGAUAUAGCAACAAGGGUUAUUGCUUCUGGAGUUAAUCUUGAAGAAACACCUGUGUCUAAAGUUAUGACGAGGAAUCCAGUUUUUGUUCUUUCUGACACUCUAGCAGUGGAAGCCCUCCAAAAGAUGGUUCAAGGAAAAUUUAGACACUUACCUGUAGUUGAGAAUGGGGAGGUCAUUGCAUUACUUGAUAUUGCAAAAUGUUUAUAUGAUGCUAUUGCUCGAAUGGAAAGGGCAGCUGAAAAGGGAAAGGCCAUCGCAGCCGCAGUUGAAGGUGUUGAAAAAAGUUGGGGAACCACUGUUUCUGGUCCCAACACAUUUAUUGAGACACUUCGAGAGCGUAUGUUCAGACCAUCUCUGUCUACUAUUAUCCCAGAGAAUUUAAAGAUUGUUACAGUUCCACCAACAGAAACAGUUUUUAUGGCUACGAAAAAGAUGCUUGAGCUUCGAGCGAGUUCUGCAGUUGUGACAGUUGAUAAUAAGCCACAAGGAAUUCUCACGUCAAAGGAUAUCUUGAUGCGAUUAAUAGCACAAAAUCUUCCACCAGAAUCCACACUUGUAGAGAAGGUCAUGACUCCAAAUCCUGAAUGCGCAACAAUUGAUACACCAAUAGUUGAUGCGCUGCACACUAUGCAUGAUGGAAAAUUCUUGCACCUUCCAGUGGUAGAUAGAGAUGGAAGUGUUGUCGCUGUAGUUGAUGUAAUACAUAUCACCCAUGCUGCCGUUGCCACAGUUGGAAAUGCAUCUGGAGUCAGCAAUGAGGCUGCGAGUUCUAUGAUGCAGAAGUUUUGGGAUUCUGCCAUGGCCUUAUCGCCAAAUGAGGAUGAUGAUGAACUGCGUAGUGAAGGUUCAUUGAAAUUGGCUUCUGAGGAAACGGAAAUUGGAAGAUCUCUCCCCUUUCCAUCAUCUGGACUGCAAAGUACUUUCUCUUUUAAACUCGAAGACAGGAAGGGCAGGAUGCAUCGAUUUUCUUGUGAUACUCGGAGUUUAACAGAUGUUAUAACAGCCAUCCUUCAGAGAGUUGGCGAUGAUAUCGACCGCAACAAAUUGCCUCACAUUUUGUAUGAAGAUGAAGACCGCGAUAAAGUUGUUCUAGCAUCAGACAGUGAUCUUACAGCAGCUGUAGAACACGCAAGGUUGGCUGGAUGGAAGGGUCUGAGAUUGCAUUUAGAAUAUCCAGGAAUUCGUGGUCGUAAAAGGGGUUCUGGCGCCGAAACUAUGGAUUAUGCUCAAAAAGACGCAUGGGCAUCGGCAUACAGUGCAGUUGCAGCUGGAGCCGCGCUUGUAGCCGGGUUAGGCGUGUUAGCAUACUUGAGAAGAUCUGGUAAUUAAUCAAUAAAAUUCAUACACAUUCUAUUCAAUGAUUUUGGUCCGAGUAGCCUCCUAAAUUUGGGGCCCUGAUUGGGGGGAUGGGAUUGGUUGGAACAGCAUCAGUACUUGUGCUUAUAAUCUAUUUUCGUUGAAAAAUCAUAUUGAUGAAGAAAAGUUGUUGAAAUUUGGGAUUGUUGAUUGUCUGCAUGAAAGUAAAUGCUUUAAUUUA